UUCAACAAGACAAUGCAAAACCACAUUCUGCACACAUUACAAAGGCGUGGCUGUGGAAGAAGAGGGUGUGUCCCCAAUAGAGAAUGUGUGGGGAAUUUAGAAAUGGAAACUAUGACAACAACAACCCCAUACUGUUCCACACCGUAAGACCUGUUUACAGGAAGAAUGGGACAAAAUAACACCUGAAACACUUCAUCACUUGGUGUCUUCAGUCCCUAAACAUCUUUUAAGUAUUGUGAGGAAUGGCAACAUUAUAAAGUGAGAAGAAAACCAGCAGCAUGGCCGCCUGCUUCCUAUUUGUCUUCGAUUUUGACGAGACGCUGAUCGCCGAGAACAGUGACGACUCAGUGAUCCGUGCUGCGCCGUUACAGAAGCUCCCCACAUCCCUGAUCGAGCAUCGCUGCCCCGGAUCCUUCUUGGAGUACUCGCAGCGCAUCAUGACAUUCCUGAACAAGAGCGGCGCCACUGAGGAUGCCAUCCGGGCCGCAAUUGAGCAAAUCCCAUCGUCUCCGGGCAUAGCAGCAAUUCUUGACUUCUUGUUGGCUCGGGACGACUUUGAGUGUGUCAUCAUCUCUGAUGCUAACUCGUACUUUAUCGAGACUUGGUUAGGACACAUUGGUGCUCACAAACUUUUCACUAAGGUUUUUACCAACCCAUCAGAAUUUGACACAAACGGAUGCCUCAUCUUGCGCCCUUUCCACUCCCACUCGUGCCCUAAGUGCCCAAAAAACAUGUGCAAGCAGGUUAUCCUGAGAGACUACAUGAGUAAAAGGGUGAAAGAGCAAGGGGAACCUUUCCAAAAUGUUUUUUAUAUGGGGGAUGGAGAAAAUGACAUUUGUCCCACAUUAGCGUUGGGACAAAAUGAUACAGUUUUCCCAAGGAGAGAUUUCCAGAUGCACAAGAUCAUUCAGGAUCUGCACAAAACGCAGCCAGGUGUGUAUAAACCCGCGAUAGUGCCCUGGGAACGAGGCGAAGAUGUAGUGGACUUCCUGAAGAAGGCCUUAUAGUAGAAGUAAACUUCUAGAGCAGAAGAGGACAAAGAAUGAAAGAGUUUUAAAAAAGGAGUAAGAAGAGAGAUUAAAUUACAGACAGAUACGUAAUACACGAACCAGCACCUGAGACUUGAUUAGCCUUGCAUGAGCCUCACUAAUAAUACACCGCCCUAGAAUAAACAAUAUCCCCAUGCAGAAAGAUGGCAAGUGUGUCUCGGCUGAAUGCCAGUCUCAUGACUGAACAAGGCAAAAAGGAAGCAUUCUGGGAAGAGUAACGUUAAACCUCUGUCAAAGGUUAAAUGAGGUUUCACAGUGCUGUACAGUAUUACUCGGAGACAUGGCUAACAGCCAAAGACACAUACACACAUCUCUUGUGUAUGCUAAUUAUCACCAUGUGCUGUUAUAGACAUGUUAUAGAUGUGAUACAGACGUGUUAUAGACAUUAUAAUGUUACAGACGUGACACAGACAUAUUAUAGAUGUGUUACAGACACAUAGAGGUGACAGACAUGUUAGACAUGUUACAGACGUUAUAGAUGUGAUACAGAUGUUAGACAUGUUAGAGACGCUACAGACAUAGAUGUGUUACAGACAUGUUAUAGAUGUGACAGAUGUUAGACAUGUAAUAGACAUGUUACAGACAUUAUAGACGUAACACAUUAGACAUGCUAUAGACAUGUUAGACAUUCAUAGUCAUGUUAUAAACUUGAUACAGACAUGUUAUAGACAUGAUACAUGUUACAGACGUGAUACAGACACAUUACAGACAUGAUACAGGGAUGUUAUAGAUGUGAUACAUGUUACAGACAUGUUAUAGAUGUGAUACAGACAUGUUAGACAUGUUUUAGACAUGAUACAGACGUUACAGACAUGUUAUAGACAUAGACGUGAUAGACAUGUUAGACAUGUUAUGACGUUACAGACAUGUUACAGACAUGAUAUGGACAUGUUACAUAUGUGUUACAGAUAUGUUAUAGACAUGAUACAGACAUGUUAUAGAUGUGAUACAGACAUGUUAUAGACAUGAUAGACAUGUUACAGACAUGUUAUAGACAUGAUACAGACAUGAUAUGGACAUGUUACAGACAUGUUAUAGAUGUGAUACAGACAUGCUAGACAUGUAAUUGACAUGUUACAGAUGUUACAGAUAUGUUUUAAAUGUGAUAGACAUGUUCGCGUGAAGCCAAGCAUGUAAGACAAAUCAAGCAAUUUUCAAUUUUCUCACUGAUUAGUGCAUUAUUUAAUGUUUUUAAUUAGAGGCAAUAUAUAAUUAUUACUAUAUGAUAGCUCAGAACAAAAACACACUGAGCAGGCCAUGCCCAGAAGCACAAACUACAAAUAACUUAUCACUUGCUAGUGUAAACGCUGGUUUAAAUCCUUAUAUAUACUGUUUCAUCAUGGAUUUUAAUGUAUUUCUGGUGGUCUGUAAUUGUAGUUUAAUGGAAUAUCCUGUUCCUAAUCUUCUCUUGUGGUUUAACUUAUUUUAUUCUGAUGGCAAUUAUCUACUCAUGAGAGCAGGCCCUACUGGGGUUUAGUGGUGUUUAAUAGUAACCAAUAUAAUUCCUUAUGGAAACCUGUAGGAGUCUGAUGUAAACCUUUAAGCUCCAUUAUGUGAAACCAUUAGAGAUUUUUCGGAUGGAUUGCAGUGGGGUUUUUUUCACUCAGAGUCAUGCUGUUAUAUUCAUGUCUUAUUUGGAGUUUUGCAGGAGUUUUAUCAUUUUAUCUCAUCUUGUGAUUCCUGUCAUUUAUUCAUUUAUUUAUUUAUUUGAUUUUAAAAUCUUAAUUUCGUACUCUCAUUUUUUUUCUGUCUCCUGUCAUUUUUCAGUGGUUCACCACAUGUUACUUUGACGUGUUGUUUUGUCUUGCUUUUUUCUCAACCUUUCUUGUUGUUCUCAUCUUAUUUUGUUUUUCAUCACAUUUGGAGCUUUCUUCUACUGUCUGUUCUUUUCCUCAUGUUUUUUAAUGUCAUCUUGUGUUCCCUGUCAUUUAUUUAUGAUAGUUUUUUUAUUUCUUGAUCUCAUUCUUUUGCUGUUUCCUCCCAUUUUCAUUGACUCAUCUCACGUUUCCUUAUUGUGUGUUGUUUUCUUUUGUUUCUUCUUGUUCAGUCUCGUUGUUCUUCAUCUUAUCUUGCCUUUUACUUAUCUUGUUACGUCUAGUGGCUUAUCUAUUCUCACAUAGUUUCAGUUUUCUUUCCCUCAUCUCACUUUUCCUCCUCUUUUUUUUAUUCGUCUCAUCUUUCCACUUGAACUCCUUAUACUGACUCUGUAAGCAGAAUA